UUUGUAGACAUGGCGACACUGACUAACUUGUCAUGUCAAGUAUGCUGUAACUUGCGUUUUGUAACUGAAAUUCAGACUUAAAAGUUGAUCAUUAUCAUCUAAACCGCCAUUGAAAUCUAUUUUAAAUUAUUCCAAAAUGGAUACGGAGUACUAUGAGGUUACUUCGGAAUUAGAUCCCAGGGAAAUACUGCGAUAUCUAAAUAACUUAGGUAUAAAUAAUAUAAGUGGUGAAAUCUUGAAAUAUUUUAUUACAGAUCUCAAAAAGCUCAUAAAAUAUGAUCUUCAACAAAAGAAGGAAAAAUCUAGCUUAGAGUCAAAACCAGAACCUUGUGGACCAGAACGGCUACAUAGUGCAAGUACUUUCUCCUCAAGAAUAAGAUCUAAAUGUCAAGAAAAUAUAUCUGAAGUCUGUGGCAGAGUAUGUCAUAAGAGAAAAACUUAUACUGUCCGGAAUAUUCACUCUGCCCCUGUAUUAGGACUGCAUAGAAAGGAAAAUUUCAGUGAUAAACCUUUACGACGAUUUUGCUCAUGCAGUAGAGUAGAAAAAAAACCUGAUCCUGUAUCAAAGGAAAUACCACCUGCUUCCAGUUCCAAUUUAAUCAAAGUUCCUAAACAACCACAAAAGAAGAAAUGUGACCCAGUUUCACUAUAUCAUUAUUACACUGCAUUGUGGGCAAAAUAUAAACCUAAUGUUCCAGGUGAAAAUGAUUGGUCCGACUUGAGGUGGAGUGUACGACAGAAAAUGGCUGGAAAUGCACCUAAACUGACAAAUAAGGCAAGCAUACUUGUAAUAAAAAAAUAACAGUGUUUACUAUUGACACAGAGGGUGUAAAGUAAAAGUAUUUGUUUUAAUAAAUUGUUGUUAUAUAGAAUAUCUGAGAGAAAUUGCCUAAGUUUUUAUUAUAAAGAUGCCAUUAUUAUUACAGGUUCCAAUCAAUGAAGACAAGGAUAGAUUUACAAAGAAAUGACAUUCUAUAAUGAUUUAAACCAUAUCUGUAAUUAAUAAAUAUAAACUUGAAGAAAUAAAAUAUUUAGAAUCUUAUGGUUAUCAUUUAUUUCAUCUAAUAUGUGAUCAUAUUAAUUUAUUAUACUUGACUCAAUUUAAAUUCACCCUGCUUAUCAUUAGUUAUAGAAUGCAGAUGAUGUAAAAUUCUUUCUUCUAUCUUUUCUGCUGCAGAUAAUGUCAGGACUAAAGUAUCAUGUUUUAACAUCGAGUAAACAUUGAGUCCAUAGACAGGCAUUAUAUUGACAUGUGGAAGAGCAUCAGAUGCAGCUGUAAUAUUUCUAGGAGCUAAGUCAGAGCUGAAAAGAAGUGUAGUUAUAAAAUAGAAUUAAUUUUUUAAUUUAUAUUUUGUGACUACGUGAAUUUUAUAAAUAUAAUAAUGAGAUAGGUAUAAUUACAAAGUUAUCAAUCUUGAAUAACAAUAUGUAGUAAGUCACUCAAUCUUUAUUCUCAAUUGAUGAAGUAAAAUUAUGCUGUGAACUAAAAAUUACUUACUCGUCAACAAUUAACACAGAUGGACCCCAGUUUCUGCUUUCUAUGAGGUCCGAAAGAUAAUCUGGCUCAUCUGAUGGUAAAUCUAAAUCUUUGACAAUGUGUAGAUCAUCUUGUGCCAAUUUCGCUGAUAAAGUCGAAGUAAGGCCAUAUAUUCUAAGGUGAAAAGGUAGCAUGAAAAAAUGAGUUUUUCCAGAACGUGGGCCAUGAGCUACGCCGCCGCCACGAAACAAUGGAGAUCUAAUCGAACCAUGUCUUGCUCGACCUAGACCUUUCUGUGGCCAAGGUUUUUUGCCACCACCGCGCACUUCAGCUCUCGUUUUAGUAUGGGCCCAGGACACCCAUCUGUAUUUCCUUUGCCAUAUAACAUUUCUGUGAAUGAUAUCAAUGCGUGGUACCGUAGCGUACACCAAAGGAUGGAGUUCACAUAAUCCCAACUUUUUCUCUUCAAUACUAUCUAGGUUUUCAAUCCAUACUUCUCGUGGUUUUGUAUAAGUUGGAGGAAAUUUCCAUUCCUUCUUAUUUACUUCCACGAAGUUAUUCGAAGCUGCAGGCAAAGUGUUGGUGGCAGUAGAAUAAGCGCGAAUUGUUACUAUUGGGGAAAUAUAUAUUUUCUUUAAAGCAUUUAUUAGAGCAGAGGCCAUUAUUUUAGCAGAACAUAUAUUUUAGGUUAGAAUAAUAUAAAUAAUUCUUAUAUAUCUGACAU